AUGCCUGGAUCCUGGCUAAUGGGUUGGCUUUGGCUGGUUGCAACCGUGGUGAGCUUGUCCUGUUAUCCAGCAUUCCUGGAGGCAGCUCCUGAGUUUUCAGGUUAUCUGAGGAAGGUUUUGAAGAACCACACUAUCCACGCCUGUGAUGGGGAGCAACUAACAAUACUUUGCCCGCACAAGACCUCCAUUGCCAUACUUUCUGCUUUUUAUGGACGAAGGGUACCCACCCCAAACCUCUGUCCAGCCUCAAGAGAAAUCUCUUGGGAGGACAUUGAUUGCUCAUCUGCAACAGCCCAUCAGAAAAUGAUGGAUGAGUGCCAGGACCACCGAUGGUGCCAUUUCCUUGUCCACAGCCGAGUGUUCGGGCCUGAUCCGUGCCCAGGAACACACAAAUACUUGGUGGUUUCCUACAAAUGCAGACCUGCCAACUUUCGUCUCAAGACUGUAUGUGAAAAUGACAAGAUGAGGCUACAGUGUCGGAGUAACUCAGUUCUGGCUAUUUAUUCUUCGGUCUAUGGACGACCUUUGCGAGGAAAGUUGGAGUGUAAUUCUAUGAACGGGACAGAACCUGAAAUAGAAUGCACAGCUCCGGAUGCCUUGAGAAGAGUUUCCCAGAGAUGCCACAAGAAGAGGAACUGCACCAUUGUUGCUAACACGGCUACAUUUGGAGAUCCGUGCUUCCCAGGGGUGAAGAAACAAUUGAGAGUGUCCUACACUUGCGUGCCAAGGCAGUUGCUAGAAGAGGCGACACAUGAAUCCCGGGAAGAUCCCUUCUCGAUCUCAGAUUACACCCACGGUGGCUGGUACACCGGGCCGAGGCUGUCCAAGCGGUUCCAAGAAAAUCUGAUGAUAUUUACUAACUCUCUGGAAACAAUAGCCCAUAUUUGGGGUGUUCCUGAAAAGGUGGGCUUUUAUUUCCUUUGUGGGGUAUCUGGAGGGCUGGUGCUUCUCCUCCUCUUCUUUGCCCCCAAGGCAACCUUCUUGCGUGACCUCAAGGGGGCCUUCAAAAAAGCAGAUGUGACUGACUCCUUGCAGCUGGAGACAACCAAGUUGCAGGAUGACCAAGAUGAAGAAAAUCGGGAGGAAAGCUCUUCAGAGUCCUCUUUCGGCCAUCUUACCUCCAAUUACCGGAACACCAACAUCUUUGGGCCGGAACUGACUGCGGCCUUGGAAGGGGCAGCUGAUGAAAGAGGCCACGUGGGAGACGAGAUUUGGAUCCCCAAGGAAUCCAGCCCAUAUGCCAUCCACAAAAUUAAGUCAGCCACCAAAUGAAAAGAACCAGCC